CGCGCCCAGACCCGGACCCCCGGCCCCGGCGCCCGGCUCCCCGCGCCCGGCCUCCGCGCCGCCGGCCCGCCAUGGCCAAGCGCAGCUCGCUGUCCAUCCGCAUCGUGGAGGGGAAGAACCUGCCCGCCAAGGACAUCACGGGCAGCAGUGACCCCUACUGCAUCGUGAAGGUGGACAAUGAGCCCAUCAUCAGGACAGCCACCGUGUGGAAGACCCUGUGCCCCUUCUGGGGCGAGGACUAUCAAGUGCAUGUGCCUCCCACCUUCCACACUGUGGCCUUCGAGGUCCUGGACGAGGAUGCCCUCAGCCGGGACGACGUGAUCGGCAAGGUCUGCCUGACAAGGGAGAUGCUGGCCUCUCACCCUAAGGGAUUCAGCGGCUGGGCCCACCUGACGGAGGUCGACCCCGACGAGGAGGUCCAGGGCGAGCUCCACCUGCGGCUGGAGGUGGUGCCCGGGCCCCGCAGUCACCGCCUGCGUUGCUCCAUCCUAGAGGCCAGGGACCUAGCCCCGAAGGACUGGAACGGCACCUCUGACCCUUUUGUUCGAGUGAGCUACAAGGGCCGGACGCAGGAGACCUCGGUGGUGAAGAAAUCCUGCUACCCGCGCUGGAACGAGACGUUUGAAUUUGAGCUCGAGGAUGGGGCCGCGGAGACCCUGUGUGUGGAGGCCUGGGACUGGGACCUGGUCAGCCGCAAUGACUUUCUAGGCAAGGUAGUGGUCAAUGUCCAGAGUCUGUGUGUGGCCCAGCAGGAAGAGGGCUGGUUCCGGCUGCAGCCCCACCAGGCUAAACGGCGGCUGCGCGUGGAGGGCACCCUGGGCUCCUUGCAGUUGGAGGUGCGGCUGAGGGAUGAGACAGUGCUUCCGUCCAGCUGCUACCAGCCCUUGGUACAACUGCUGUGCCGGGAGGUGAAGCUGGGCACCCAGGGCCCAGGGCAGCUGAUCCAAGUCAUUGAGGAGACAACAAGCACCGAGUGCCGCCAGGAGGUGGCCACCAGCCUGCUCAAGCUCUUCCUGGGGCAGGGGCUGGCCAGGGACUUUCUGGACCUGCUCUUCCAGCUGGAGUUGAGCCGCACCAGUGAGGCCAAUACCCUGUUCCGGAGCAACUCUCUAGCCUCCAAGUCCAUGGAGUCUUUCCUGAAGGUGGCAGGGAUGCGGUAUCUGCACAGUGUCCUGGGCCCCAUCAUCGACAGGGUUUUUGAAGAGAAGAAGUACGUGGAGCUGGACCCCAGCAAAGUGGAAGUCAAGGAUGUAGGGUGCUCCGGCCUGCACAGGCCGCAGACAGAGGCUGAGGUGCUGGAGCAGAGCGUGCAGACGCUGCGCGCCCACCUGGCGGCGCUGCUGAGCGCGUUGCGCGGCUCCGUGCGCGCCUGCCCCGCGCUGGUCCGCGCCACCUUCCGCCAGCUGUUCCGGCGCGUGCGCGAGCGCUUCCCGGGCGCCCAGCAUCAGCACGUGCCGUUCAUCGCCGUCACCAGCUUCCUGUGCCUGCGCUUCUUCUCCCCUGCCAUCAUGUCGCCCAAGCUCUUCCACCUGCGCGAGCGGCACGCGGACGCCCGCACCAGCCGCACGCUGCUCCUGCUGGCCAAGGCAGUCCAGAGCGUGGGCAACAUGGACGCACCGGUUUCCAGAGCCAAAGAGGCUUGGAUGGAACCGUUGCAGCCCACGGUGCGCCAGGGCGUGGCUCAGCUGAAAGACUUCAUCACUAAGCUGGUGGAUGUGGAGGAGAAGGAAGCUCGCUGGCCUGCGGAGCUAGACCUGCAGACGCUGAGCUUGCACGCGCCCCCUGUGAAAGAGGGCCCACUCUUCAUCCACAGGACCAAGGGCAAGGGCCCCCUCACGUCCUCUUCUUUCAAGAAGCUCCACUUCUCCCUCACCACCGAGGCCCUCAACUUCGCCAAGACACCCAGUUCCAAGAAAAGCGUCCUCAUCAAGCUUGCCAACAUCCGGGCGGCAGAGAAGGUGGAGGAGAAGAGCUUUGGCAGCUCCCACGUCAUGCAGAUCAUCUAUACGGAUGACAGUGGCCGGCUCCAGACAGCCUACUUGCAGUGCAAGUGUGUGAACGAGCUGAACCAGUGGCUGUCCGCGCUCCGCAAGGUGAGCGUCAACAAUACAGGCCUGCUGGGCUCCUACCACCCAGGCAUCUUCCGAGGGGACAAGUGGAGCUGCUGCCAUCAGAGGGACAAGACAGAUCUGGGCUGUGACAAGACCCGGUCUCGGGUGACGCUGCAGGAGUGGAAUGACCCCGUCGACCAUGAUCUUGAGGCCCAGCUUAUCUGCCAGCACCUGCUGGGCGUGGAGGCCUUGCUGCGGAAGAAGCAUCUGGAACUGAGCCAGGACCCAGGGCCAGGGCCUGAGGAAGACUCGCUGGCCCAGCUGCUGCGCGUCCUGCAGGAGCUGCGGGAGGCUCACAGUCGCAGCCCGGGCAGCCCACGCCCCUCGGAGCCUCACCACCUCCUGCAGCUACAGAAGUGAGGUCUGCGUCCAGCGACCCCAGUGCAUUGGGGACCUCACCCCAGCUGCCUGCAUCGAAGGGCGCACCCGAGGUGCUCCUGGGUCUUUGCUCAUCUGAAGUCCGUGGGGGCCAUGGGUGGCACCUGUUCCUCUGGGAAGCCUGGCUGCUCCCUGAGGUCCCCCAUAUUCUCCACCCAGGAUACCUCAGCUGGAUACCAGGGGUGGUGUAGGGCUGGGGGUCCAGGCCUCCACCCCCUGCACUGGGCUCCCUGGCCACCCCGGGGCCUCUGGGUUGAUGCCUGGGCCCUGGGCAGCGUCUCGGUGCUGUUGCAAUAAACCUGCGCUCACUGCCGAGGCUCUGGGCUCUUGGAUGGGGGCCUCCGUGCCCUCGGCUGCUGGGGCUGCUGGGGCUGCUGGUGCCCACAGACUGGGGCUGCAAUCCUUGCUGCAUCUCUGUUCCUCCAUU